AGUCAAGUUGCUCCACUGCUAUACCACAGAAGCAGUUUAGAAUCUUAAGCAGAUGCAAAAGGAAUAAAGCAUUUAAAUAGGGACAAAAAAAGGCCGAUAAAGUUUCUGGCUACAAUGCAAGAGACAUAUCAUUACCAUAUGAUCUAAUGUGGGUGUCAGCCGGAUUGUGUUCAUUGAGGGAAACCUUAUUUUUUAACUGUGCUAUGGAGUAGACGCAGGAGGUUUUCAACCUAGUGACAGUCACAGAGCAGCACCUACCCCCUCCUCCUUUCCACACCUGCAAACUCUUUUGCUUGGGCUGAAUAUUUAGUGUAAUUACAUCUCAGCUUUGAGGGCUCCUGUGGCAAAUCCCUGGAUUAAAAGGUUUCUUGGUUGUGAAAAUACAUGAAAUAAAUCAUGAAGGCAACUAUCAUCUUCCUCUUGCUUGCACAAGUUUCCUGGGCUGGACCAUUUCAACAGAAAGGCUUAUUUGACUUUAUGCUGGAAGAUGAGGCUUCAGGGAUAGAACCAGAUGAAGUUCCUGAAUUAGAGCCUCAGAUGCCAGUGUGCCCUUUCCGCUGUCAGUGCCAUCUUCGAGUAGUCCAGUGUUCUGAUUUGGGUCUGGACAGAGUGCCAAAAGACCUUCCCCCUGACACUGCACUGCUGGACCUGCAAAACAACAAAAUCGCUGAAAUCAAAGAUGGAGAUUUUAAGAACCUGAAGAACCUUCAUACAUUGAUUCUCAUCAACAACAAAAUUAGCAAAAUCAGCCCUGGGGCAUUUGCACCUCUGGUGAAAUUGGAACGACUUUAUCUGUCCAAGAAUCAACUGAAGGAAUUGCCAGAGAAAAUGCCCAAAACUCUUCAGGAGCUGCGUGUCCAUGAGAACGAAAUUACCAAAGUGCGCAAGUCUGUGUUCAAUGGAUUGAACCAGAUGAUCGUCGUAGAACUUGGCACCAACCCACUGAAGAGCUCAGGCAUUGAAAACGGAGCCUUCCAGGGAAUGAAGAAGCUCUCCUACAUCCGCAUUGCUGACACCAAUAUAACCACCAUCCCUCAAGGUCUUCCUCCUUCCCUUACUGAAUUACAUCUUGAUAGCAACAAAAUCACCAAAGUUGAUGCAGCUAGCCUGAAAGGACUGAAUAAUUUGGCUAAGUUGGGACUGGGUUUCAACAGCAUCUCUGCUAUCGACAAUGGCUCUCUGGCCAACACUCCUCAUUUGAGAGAACUUCAUCUGAACAACAACAAGCUUAUCAAAGUGCCUGGUGGGCUGGCAGAUCAUAAGUACAUCCAGGUUGUCUACCUUCAUAACAACAAUAUCUCCGCAAUCGGCUCUAAUGACUUCUGCCCACCGCAUUACAACACCAAAAAAGCUUCUUAUUCAGGGGUGAGCCUUUUCAGCAACCCAGUCCAGUACUGGGAGAUCCAGCCAUCCACCUUCCGAUGUGUCUACGUGCGCUCUGCCAUUCAGCUCGGAAACUACAAGUAGCUCCCAAGAAAGCCCUCAUUUUUAUAACCUGGCAAAAUCCCGUAAAUGUCAUUGCUCGGAAAAAAAAAAAAAAAAAAAAAAAAAGGAAGCUAGAUACUGGAAACCUAACUGCAAUGUGGAUGUUUUUCCCACAUGACUUAUUAUGCGUAAAGCCAAAUAUGCAGUUUAAAUAAUUGCCUACAAUAAAAAAAAAAUUUUGCCUGGCAUUUUCAGAAUCCUUCUUUGAAGCUUAUUAUUGAUGUUAACUGAGCUAUUGCAGAUAUUCUUGUUUCACUAAAUGUAAAAUUUGGAGUAAACAAUUUAGUAGAACUUUUAAUUUCCAGAAGGAAUCAAAUAAAAAUGGUAUCAAUCUUCUGUAACUCAUGGCGGGGGAGAUCAGGUCCUUUGACAUAGUCUAGCAAUGUAUUCAUCCCCAUUAUUACUGAUAAAGCCUCCUGUGAAUGUGUGAAUUCAAUACAGUCUACAUAAAAUUGUUGCUAAUGUCAUUAUUUUGAAAAAAAAUAAAUUCACAAGUACAUUUAAAAUUA